CAACUCCCCGGAGAAUCAAGAUUCAGGGCAGCUAGGUAGCUUAGCUGAUCGAGAAACAUGGCCGCCGCCGUCACGCCCGAAUCAUUCCCCACGGAUCCCCGCGUCCUAGAUUUCCGGGCCCCGCCGCCAUCUCCGAUUGCGUCCGGACGGCGCUCCUGUGUGGCCAACGACGAGGUUCUCACCCACUUCCUAGAAAGCUCCCUCAAAGUCCCCGACCUCGUUCUCCCCGACCGCGUUUUCCCUCGCCAGAAACUCGCCGGAACCCCGCCGAACAUCGACUUUCGGUCGUUGGAAUCAAUGGACACAGAUUCCGCACUCGAGAUUCUCGAUUCGGUUGCCAGCAUCGGGUGCUUCCAGGUCGUCAACCACGGAAUUCCCAGUGAUCUAAUCCGCUCCGUUCUUUCCGCCGGCGGCGCCGUUUUCAGGAUCCCACCGGAGAUGAAAGCGACGGCGACGAGGUCGCCGGAGAAUCUCUGGGGUUUCGAGGAAGUUCACGCGGAGGACGACAGCGAGGAAUUUGUAUGGUGCAAAGACGAUCAAAUCUUCAACAAACAAAUGGAGGGAAUCUGGCCUCUCGGAUAUUCAAAUUUCAGAGAAAAGAUGGAAAAGCUGUGGAGUGAAGUGGGAUACAUUUCUGGGAAAAUCCUCGAGUUCUUGGAGAAGAAGAUAAUGAGCAACAGAUUACUAUUCGAAGAACAUAAUAAACAUGAAGAAGAAGGUUCUGGAAGCUCCAAUGUUUGCUAUCUGCACAAACAAUGGCGGAACGGAGAUGGAAACAGCUUGAAAUAUGACGUCAUUAGAGUACUGAUCAGAGGGUGUGAAUUUCCUCAUGCUCUUUGUGUCCAUUUCACCAAUGGAUCCUCCGCCUUCAAUGUCUACUCCAGGAAAGAUUGGGUCUCCUUUCGGCCCCAUCCCGAUGCCCUCAUCUUCACCAUUGGUGAUCAAUUACAGGCAUGGAGUGGGGGAAGGUAUAAGCAUGUGAUAGGGAGGGCAAUGUUCGAAGAAGGAGGAGAAGAAAAAGAGGACCGCAUUUCAAUGGCUAUUUUGUAUUCUCCACCGGAAAUAAAAAUUGAAAAAGAAAAGACAAUUUCCUUUGCCCAACAAAUCAUUAUUGCAAUAUUAUUUAUUAUUAUUUACCAAUUUUUGUCCUUCAUUUUUCAAAAAAUAUAAAAUAUGAUCGAAGCACUGCAGGCACACACAUACACAACUUUUUUUUUUUUUUUUGACUUACAUUCAUAAUUUCUUCAUCUUUCUUGGUUUUUUUGUUUGUUUGUUUGUUUUUGUUUUAAAAUUUUGGCUGGAAAUAUAUUGUACAUUUUCUGGGAUUUGUGUUUGCCAACAUGUAAUGCUUAUUUUGUGUUCUUCGGUU